AUGUCGGCAUAUUCAGCUACCACAAAGCAAGACUGCUAUUCGAUGGAAGAGCGCGGAGCCUCACACGAAGCGUCCCAGACGAGAAUUGAGAAGGACAAUAAGGCACCACGCUUAUCCUUGCCGGUGUCAGGAUUCUCAAAUGUGGAUGUCCAACAUUUGCCUUCUAGUACGCACGACGGUUCACAAGACAAACCUUUAUCAAGCGAUUCGAAUUUUCAAAUUCGCAUAGCCCAAUCGCACACCACACUUGAACACAACUCUGUAGCCUGGUAUCAAAUCUUCAAAGUCCUACGAAAUGUGCGCGCGAGUAGGAAAGUGUCGGGCAAAGAAUUCAACAUACUCAAUGGAUCCCGUGGAAUCAAACUUGCAUUCUCAGAUUGGAGAUCGAAUGUUGUAAUCUCACUGCUAUGUGCAAGCAUGUCGACGGCUUUGACCGUAUUGAGCGCCUUGUGGCUGGAUCCUAUGACCAAAUACUCUGCCGAGUGGGCAACCAUCAUUGUUUUCUAUAAUAUUGACCCGGCCCAGGACCUCGACCCAUUGACUACCUUUGACUUUCAUCUCCCUCCCGGUGGACUCGAUCAAUACGGACCCGCAGGUCACCCCAACAUAAACAUAAGCAAUGGUGGUGUGUUAUGUGCACCUAGUGCCACACCAACCAACAUUACGCCAAAAUGA